CUCAAAGCGGCGCUUCCGCUUUUCGCGCGGGUCGUUUCAAAACAAGAUGAUGUUGACCCCAGCAACUGCAUCAUGCUGAAGAAGGCAGUGCUUCUGAAAAUCUCAGAAUGUCUCAUCCAAAAAGAAGAUCUAAACUUAGGACUAGACCCACUUUUAAUUUGAUGGGAUUCAUUGUUUGUAAAAGUCCACUUAUGACCGAAAAAAAUGGCAACAAAAUGUUUUUAUUUGAGUUGCGGAGUAGGAGUCAGCAGUUCAUCAUUGCAAAGGGGAACCAGUGGCAGUUGUACAAUGGUGUCCAAGUACACAAAUACAUAGAAUUAUCUAAUGUCAUUUCUACAACAAUUACUAAGGGUUUGGAUGAACAAAUUAAAGUGUUUGCCUGCACAAGUAAGACAAAGGUAUCUGUGAUUGAUGAAGGGCGAUUGAAGUCACUGGAACAGAAUCAAAAUAGUGAAAUGGAGGAAAGUUGUGCAUCGGUGAUGUCACACCAUUUUGAGUCAUCAUCAAGUGGAAACUCAGAGGCGGCUGUUGGUCAACUUGAGCAAUCAAGUAAACCUACCUCCUACCAAGGAAAGGUGACCAAAAUUAUUGAUUCUAGUGCUGGUAUUUAUGAGCUUGAUGACAAUAUAAGGCUAUAUUUGACAUAUCUUAACAAGGACAUUGGUUGUGUCGUACCAGAGAUCAGGGUAGAUUCAUGCGUUACAGUCUACAAUGCUCACUUAAAGACUGUGUCAAAGGUUCCUUGCCUUGUGUGUUGCAUGCGAUCUCAUGUUGAAGUAGUAGCAGUUACAUCUCCUUCGUAUUGCAUUUCAUUAAAUGGCUGUCUUGUCAAACUGACAACACAAUUCAUCCCAGGCUUCUAUAUGUUAACACGCUUACAAUUUCUGGUCAGGCAACUCACACUUAAACUUCCAGAAAAAUUUCAUAGAAAAAUUAGCAAGAUGAUCGGAAACAUAAUAGAGACUGAUAUUGAGCCUUGCUUACUUCCUCGGAAGAGAAAUGUUUAUGCAGAGUUCUUGAGGUCGCCUCAUCAAACCUGUAUCGUCGAUGAUGUUCAACCACAGAUAAAAAUAAAGAAUCUCUUUUCCUUGCCAAGUCUAGAUGAGUUGAAGAAAGAAAUUAUUCAUCAAUUCACCAAUUCAAAUUGUUGUCGUGGAAAAUCAUAUGGACAUUAUGUUAGUUCUUCAACCACUUUCAAAAACCCAAAGAUAUUGAUUGCUUUCCUCACAUCCAACGCUGCGACUGGAACUUUGAGUCUACAGGACGAGACAGGAAGCAUUGACUGCGUAGUAACAAGUUUAAAAUCAGACUCCCUCCCAAGCCAUAUAUGCAAACAUAUUAGUUGCUUCCAACGAAAAGAUCAGUCAUUGUACGCACCAUACUCCUACAUUUGUCCGUAUGCCCAUGUCUGGAAUCUUAAUGGUCUUUUGAAAAUUUCACAAUUUUUGAUGAUACAUGAGCAGUUCAGUAAAGGAGACGAUGCAGUGAUGGUGAGGUCGUAUAUCAUGUUUGAUAUGCGACAAGCUGUGUACAUCACUUCACACAAUCUGUCAUCUACGACAUGUUUCAAGCUUCCAUCUACAUCAGUUACAUCAAAAGAAUUAACAACCAUUGGGACACAAGAUAAAAUGUAUACAAUUAAAAUAAUAAAGAAAGGGAACUUGAUGAAAAGACUAACAAAAACCGAAAGCAGUAUUUCAUUCACAAUUGAUGCCAUCAUGUUUCAUGACACAGUUCCAAACGUUACUAACACUGCCUCACAAGAUGCUGGUCUGCCCUCGGCUGUUACGCUAGAUAAAAGCAAUAACCCAACGAGUCGUAAUGUUGUUGUAAAGUUUGAGGGAGCCGCUGUGAAGUGGUAUCCCGUCUUGUAUGCAGGAUGUUGCUACCAAAUUAUUAAACACACAUGCGUGGAUGAUAAUUGGAAGAUAUUGGAGAAGAUGAGCAACCAGUGUACACUUACUGUCAAUGAGCGUGAUGUUAUCCAGCAGUGCAUGGUUAAAUCCUCCAAUCAGUAUGCUGACGAUUCUGAUGUAGUUCUUUCUGUUGAAGGUAUCAUCUCAAGCUUCAAGUCUGCGAAGAAAGUUGUUUCCUUCACUGGAGUGGUUGCUGUCUGUGGCAUGUACAAUUCACAAACACCUUCCCAACAUGGUUCUGUCUAUAUGCAUCUGAAAGUAAUUGAUACGGCAUCAAGCAUUUAUAAUUAUGCAUUGAGUCUUCCCGUAUCUAUACAGUGUUCUGUUCAACAAUAUCCACUAGGAAUUCUUCCACAAGCUCUCAUUUGUAUAAGAGGAGUUGAAGUUAACAGAUCCAAAGGUAAAAUACACUGCCAAAGUGGAGCAUUGACAUCUAUUCAAAUACUACAUAUUCCUAGUACUGUAACUGAAAACAAUGUCCAUGGUGAACCUGAAGUGACAUCAGAAGCUCAGACCACAUACGGCAUUCACAUUUUGAGGUCACUGUUAUCUGGCAACAAGGAAACUAAUUUUAUAAUUAAUGGCUUCAUCACUGCCCUCUACAGCCUCAAUAUCAGAUGGCUGUGUUUCCUGUGUAAAUCACAUGAGCAAUGUACAUGUUGUUUAUCAGAUGAACAUGCUGAGGGUUGCAUGAGUUUUUCUGCAAGAUUACUUAUUGACGAUGGUACAGCUUCUGUGCAUGUAUGGUGCACAGAGAGCCAAUCAAUUGCAAGCAUCUUAGGCCUACCUGACCAUAGGUGGCAGCAAAUAUUAGAUGUUAUCAAAAGAGAUGGACCAUUCCACUUUAAUUUAUUCAAUGAUUUGUUUGAUAAGUGUGAUGUAAAGAACCUACUGAAGCAGUUGUGUAUGAGCAACGUAAUAAAUCACCCAAUCCAGUUGCAUUGUUCCUCGGCAUAUCUCAGGUCAACGGAUGAAAGGAGCAGUAGUGAACAGCUGUGGGUACAGGCUACUGUGAGUUCACACAAUUAGGAACUCGAGACGAGUAGGGGUUACCCUGGUGUGCUGGUCCACCCGUCCUAUAUUUUUUAGUACAGACAAGAGAUAGUGUUGGCCUAAAGGAGACUAAAAGUGACUUUUAGGAAAAAACAUUUUUCAAAUGAGAUUAUCUACAGUUAACCUGUGAGUCAGUAUACAAAUAAUGAAUGUUUAUGAGUGCAGCGGGAAGAAUAUUUUCUUGAGUUAAGAGAUUGACUGUUCCAUUCAAUGAGUUGGAAGCGAGUUGAAUGAAACAGUCAAUUUUUCAAUUCAAGAAAAUAUUCUAUCCAUUGCGCAAAUAAAAAGACAUUCAUUAUUUGUUUAUUAUUCUACCAUAUCUUAUGAGAACCUCCAAGAUUUGAUUUUUGAAGGCUUUUGUUAGUUUUCAACACAGAUAAACUAGAAUAAUAGAAAAUUAUAUCUUAACAAAUAAUUUAUUCUAUUAAUUAGUAGAAUUUGUCAAUGAAUUUUACUGUAAAAUAUUAAUACAUUUUGGCCCAAUAAUCGAAACUGGCCCCCAUUUGGUCAUUUCAUUUAAAUUCCGCACUCAGCAGAUCCCAUAGGGUCGGUGGCACUAAAAGCGAGAAACGGCAUGCUAUACUGGUGAAAUUCUGUUCUUAUCGCAAGAGAAACGAAGUAAUUAAAUCUAGACGAAAAUUCAAAGGCUCAUCUAUUGGUAUCCAGGAAGACCUAACAUAUGCAAGAAAUACAUUAUUACAGAAGGUAAAAGCUCUUCCAUUGGUCAGGAAAGCUUGGUCUAUCGACGAAAAAAUUAUGGCCCUAGUGCAGAAACAUGAUGGUUCAGAGUAUGUUAAGUAUUUCAAAUCUAUUGACGAGUAGAAGAGGAGGUUGCAAAGUUACAUCUUACUGAGAAAACAUUUAUAACAAAAACUUUACUUACAUCUAAAAUAAAAAAAUUAAUUUACAGGAAAACAAACUAUUUAAUGGCUUAUACAUUGUAUAAUUAUUAAGUUCUUAAUUAAAUAUAGUAUUAUUAUUGCUUAUUGCUAUUGCCUGUAUUGUUAAUAUUAUUGAUAAAAAAAAG